AUGGCCGAGCCGGUGCUGGACGACGGUCCGAUCGCGGGGUACUUUGCCGCGGUGCACGGCGCAGGGGCAGGCGCGCCGCCGGACGGCGAGCAGGUGCGCGCUGUGCCGGCGGUGUCGGUGCGCGAGGCGUUUGCGGCGUUCCUCGGCGCAAUCCGCACCUACUUCCAGCCGCACGACGACGAAGUGCUGCCCGAGAGCGAGUACGAGCGGGCGUACAAUGUGGCAUGGGGCGCCGACGACGGCACGACGUCGUUUGCAGAAGUGUUCAAGUAUACGAUUGCCACCUCGUUCCUGCUCACGCCGACGCUCUCGAUAUCCAUGUACGGCGACGACCAAGACACACGGCCGCUGUCUGGCGCACGCGGCGACGCGCGCGAGGGGGGGCGGUACACGACGUACUCGGCAAUCUCGGGCCAGCCGCCCCGCAUGCUCUUUCACGCCGCCGUGGGCCUGUGCACGCUCGCGGCGAUUGUGCAUGUGAAGCAGAUGGUGCAGAUCUUGGUCAAGAUGCACCUCGCGUUUCUUCUGCUGGCGAUUGUCGUGGUCGAGCUCAUUCGCAUGGCCGGGCCCGACUUUCUCCUGGCGCUGCGGGGCGAGCGCCGCCUCGAGUGCUUCGUGUCGCGCCCGCCGAGCCAGACACGCCCGCGGUACCUCGCGGCAGGCGUGCCGCCCCCGGCGUGGGUCGCCGACGAGCGCGUGCGUCUGCAGAUGCGCGCGCUGCGCCUCGUCAAGGACCUCGUCAAGGCCGCGCAUGCAAUGGACAAGAGCAUCAAUGCAAUGCUCGCUGCGAUCCAGGAAGUCGAGGUCGUCGCACGGGGCUAUAGCCUCUCGAGUCCGCUGCCGCCCAUCUCGCGCAUCGAAGGCACGUCGAGCUCGCCGGAACUCGAAAAAGACUAUGCGCCGUGGCAGGGGCCGUGGGUGCUCCCUGCGCCGUCGACGCGCACGUCGCCGCAGCGCCUCACACCGCUGCGCAAGGCGCUCUCGGAGCACGUCGAGCAGGCGUCGUUCCACUGCAUGAACGCACAGCAGCGCCUCGCUCCGCUUGCACGCACGAGCGAGCUGGGGAUUAUCCAGGAGCUGCAGGAGCGGCAGGCCGCACUCGAAAAGCGAGAGAGUCUCUCGCCGGUCGGCACGCCGGGCGAGCGGCCCAGCGCGAGCCUCACGCCGCGGACGCUCGCGCUCUUUUCCCACGCGACGCCGCCGCGGCGUGCGCCCAAGUUCCAGCCAAUGUCGCCCGUGCCGAUGCACGGGCGUGCGAUGCUCCCCACGUCCACGUCCGAGACGUUUUCGGUGGGCGACGAGCUCGCCGAGAGUGUCGGCAGUGCCGACGAGGCCGAGGAGCCGCUGCGGCGCAAGCUGCCGAAACGCAGCGACCGCCUCGCGUUGAGCCAGCUGCGCAUGCGCUUUGAGCAGAUGCACACGGCGCGUGUCGCCACGCUCUACUACCUCUUAGCGCUCGACUUUUCGAUGCAACCGAAAAAGGGGAUGCCGCUGGAUGUGUACUGGGACGAGAUUGUGAUCCACGACGUACUGCAGCCGCUCGUGCACCUCUUUUCCGAGAUCGGGCGCCAGAUGGACGCACAGCUGCAGACGUCCAUGGGGCUGCCGCACGACCCAGUGCACGCCGACGGCGCAACGUCGCUGCACAAGCACCUCGGCCUCGCCGACCGCAUGACAGAGAUGGGGCGCAUGCUGCGCACGAUCCAGUGCAAGCUCCAAGUGUGCGCCGAGGACGUGAGCGUCGCGCCGUUGCCUGCGCUGCACGGCACACCCCUUGCCCCCGAAAAAGGCGACAGAGACGUGCAGACACUCUUUGACAGUAUGCGCCACGACCUCUUGGCCCUCUCGAACGAGUGGGAGGCCGGCCUGCGUAUCAUCCAGGCGGGCCACGCGCCGCAGGCGCCGGCGCCGGCGCCGGCGCCGGUCGGCCUGGACCAGACGCACGAGAGCGGCCACGAGAUACCCGACGAGCCGAAAGAGGCAAACGAAACAAACUCCUUCUACGCAAGCACAGAAAAGGAGCAGGACACGACACUAUCGGAUCUAUUGCUCCACGCGACGUCGCCCGCCCACCUUCCCCCGAUCGGGAGCGAAGAGGUAUACGAGGGCGAGGCGCCCGCGCCGGCGAUCCGCACCACGCUGCCCCGUGCAGAGCGCAUCCGCCUGAUGCACGAGGAGCGCGCGCGCGCCGCCGAGGCCCAGAACGAGUCGCCGACCGCGAUGGUCUCGGAGCUCAAAGACGUCCUCGCCCACCGCCGCCCCACGGCGCCGGCUUCAUAG